CUGGAUUUUGAGACAUCUUUCAAAGUUUGUUGGAAAAAAAAUCAAAUCCUUGUGGAGUCGUUUUUCUUUUUGGUGCUGACAUGAACGAGAAGGGUGGUUCAAGCAAGUGUUCAUGGGGUUUCAAUUGUCUUGUAAGAAGGAAACAAGUUGAUUCUGUUCAUCUCAAAAACGACCAUGAUGGACAUCAUCAUCUUGCCAAGAAAUUAACAGUCGUUGAUCUUGUCGCUAUUGGAGUUGGAACAACAAUAGGAGCAGGAGUGUAUAUUCUUGUGGGAACAGUAGCUAGAGAACACACAGGACCUGCUCUUGCUGUAUCAUUCUUUAUAGCUGGAGUAGCAGCUGCUCUCUCCGCUUGUUGUUAUGCUGAGCUUGCUUCUCGUUGUCCAUCUGCUGGCAGUGCUUAUCAUUAUGCAUACAUAUGUCUUGGAGAAGGGAUUGCUUGGUUGGUUGGUUGGGCACUGGUGUUAGAUUAUACAAUUGGCGGAUCAGCCAUUGCACGUGGCAUAUCUCCAAAUCUGGCAUCUUUUUUUGGAGGCUUGGACAAACUUCCUGUGUUCUUAGCUCGACAAACCAUACCUGGACUUGGUAUUGUAGUUGAUCCAUGUGCAGCACUGUUGAUUAUGAUUGUGACAAUACUACUAUGCUUUGGGAUAAAGGAGAGCUCAUUAGUACAAGCAAUUGUAACAUCAGUGAAUGUUUGCACAUUGGUUUUCAUCAUAGUAGUUGGUGGAUAUACAGCUUUCAAGACUGGUUGGGUUGGAUAUGAUCUUUCGAGUGGCUAUUUUCCUUUUGGAUUAAAUGGGAUACUCGCUGGAGCUGCUGUAGUAUUCUUCUCAUACAUUGGAUUUGAUACAGUGACUAGCACAGCUGAAGAGGUUAAAAAUCCUCAAAGGGAUCUUCCAUUGGGAAUUGGGAUAGCAUUACUGAUAUGCUGCAUUUUAUAUAUGCUUUUAUCAAUAGUUAUUGUUGGAUUGGUCCCAUACUAUACCUUGGAUCCUGAUACUCCUAUCUCCUCUGCAUUUGGAGACAGUGGGAUGCAAUGGGCAGCGUACAUCUUAACUACUGGGGCUAUAACCGCUCUGUGCGCUAGUUUGUUAGGCUCACUUCUAGCUCAGCCGCGGAUCUUUAUGGCAAUGGCUAGGGACGGAUUGUUACCAGCUUUCUUUGCAGAAAUUGACCCACGAACUCAAGUACCGGUGAAAAACACUAUAGUAAUUGGUGUGCUGGCCGCUUCACUUGCGUUUUUCAUGGAUGUUUCACAGUUAUCCGAGAUGGUUAGUGUAGGUACGCUGAUGGCUUUCACUGCUGUAGCAGUCUGUGUGCUAGUUCUCAGAUAUGUACCACCAUAUGGUGUUCCAUUACCAUCCUCCGAAACUAUUCGUGUGGAUGCUAUAGAAUCUUCUUAUUCUCCUCUACUUGGCGUUGAAACAGCUCGAGAUGAAAAGUACUUUGGAAAGAGAAGAAAAAUUGCUGGGUGGAGUAUAGUUCUUGUGUGCAUAGGUGUCUUAGGACUUUCUUCAGCAGCUUCUGCUGAGCGUCUUCCAAGUUUUCCUCGGUUCACUAUGUGUGGUCUCAGUGCAGCCAUCUUACUUGGCAGUUUGAUUACUCUUGGUUGCAUUGAUGAGGAUGAUGAAAGGCACAACUUUGGACACCAAGGAGGGUUUCUCUGCCCAUGUGUCCCAUAUCUUCCUGUUCUCUGCAUUCUGAUCAACACCUACUUGAUCAUCAACAUCGGAGUUGGGACAUGGAUCAGGGUCUUGAUAUGGCUGCUUGUUGGAAGUAUGAUCUACCUCUUCUAUGGCCGGUCUCACAGCUUACUAAACAAUGCAAGCUGUGUUCCAACAGCUUGUACAGGGAAAACAACAGAUCAUUUUCCUUGA